AUGGAAUCCUUACCAAAUUUGGUCUCUGGGACUGAAGACGAUACGGCGAGAACCAAUCCAGAGAAUCAGUCAGACCAAUCCCCCGAAUCAUCACGUUCAACUCCUCAGCCCGCCCCAAUCCUUCCCUCGGAAGAACUGGAACAUGCGUAUUGGGCAGACUACGAGGAGGACACGACCGUCCCAGAUGAGGAAGAGAUGAAAGAGAUCGACGGCGGUGAUUCAGAUUACAGUGCCAGUGAUCACAAGUAUUGGGAAACCAACUUCUUUCGGGAUUUGGGAGACCCCGAAUACAUUCCUACCGAGAAGGCCCGUCUCACCUGGACCUUCAAGGGUGUCCGGGGCACCCCUGAGAACCCCAACCGUGACAAAAUCAUUCGCUCCCCACCAGCGUUUGUGGGAGGGUAUUGGUGGCGAAUCAAGUUCUAUCCUCGGGGAAAUAAUGUCAAUGCAUUGAGUGUUUACCUCGAAUGCUCCACCACAAUGCCCGCUCCAGAGGGUAAGCUUCCUGAGUCGGAAUUUACGGUCCGUCGAGGCGCAGCCGAUGCCUCACUAGAUGACAGCACCCCGGAGGUUCAAAUCAAGACUCCAGCCACGGACGAUAUAGCAUCGUGGUUUGAGACCUACAAGUCCCAAUAUCCUGCAGUCAGGAACAACCCCCACUCGGGUCAUGGAACCUCGGACUCGUGGCGUGUGCCUGCACAGGUCGGUGUCAUUGUAUACAACCCACAAGAGCCACGCACUGGCUGGAUGCAAUCUUCUUGUCAUCAAUUCAACACUCACAACCUGGAUUGGGGGUGGACAUAUUUCCAUGGCCCAUGGGACCAAAUCCAUUCACGCCGGCGGGGUCAACAUCGUGCUCUCCUGAAUGACGACACGCUCUCAUUCGACGCGUAUAUUCGUGUAGUGAAUGACCCCACCAAGUCCCUCUGGUGGCACCCAAGCGAUUCCGAGCCAACCUGGGACAGCAUGGCCUUGACCGGUUACCGACCUUUGGGUGAUUCGAUCAUCAAUCAUAGCCCAGAGGUAGCUGGGCUUGCCUCGUGGCUGCACAUUGCUCCGUUUUGCAAGAUCAUUCAAAGUAUUGAUGUGUUUGAACAUCUUAUCAACGCCGAUGCUCGGCCAAAGCCUCUAUGCGAUGCCCUUCAGAGGCUUCUGUGGCAGCUCCGCCGCCAGACACUCUCCCCAAGCUAUAUUGAUACGGACGCUGUGACUACUACCUUGCGCAAUCUGCACGAGUUUUCAAGCGAUGUGUCCGAAUUUUGGGAGCGCCUGCGUCGCAACUUGGAACUAGAGCUGAAGGGGACAGAGGCCGGCAAACAAUUCGCCCUCCUAUUUGACAGUCCGGUUGUAAAUGCUCCGUUUUCUGAUGGCGAGAUCACCGUGAACAUGCUGCCGACUGAUUUCAACUCGCGUCUCUACGUGCCAGUAGAUCAAGUCAAGUCUACUUCCGAAGCCGUCAGUGGAUACUUGAGUGCUAAGCCCGGUCGUUGGUCGCUUCCAUCCAUCCUUCAUAUUGAGUUUGGCCGCCAUACUCUAGAUAAAGCCAAACGCUGGCAGCUGCGGUAUGACAAAGUGGAGCUGGACGAGGAACUGGAUCUGGCUCCGUGGGUGGUUGAUGGGCAGGGUAGCAAGUAUGUCCUUUACGGGUAUAUUGUUCACCGUGGCCGCCGCACUUCGGGAAAAUUCUUUAGUAUCCUUCGCCCGGCGGGUCCAGGUACUACCUGGCUGGCGUUUGACGAUGGCAGUGACAACCGGGUGGAGUGCUUGACCCAGAAAACAGCCAUGGGUCCGCACCUUGGUCUUGAUCCUUCCCAGACUGUAGAUCACAAGAAGGGCCAUGAUGUACCUGUCGUGGCAAUGUACAUCCGUGGCGAUAUGAUAUUUGACUUUUUGCCUGGUCCCCAGGGACCUUGGGAAGUAUCUGAAACCUUGAAACAAUACUAUGAAAUAGGCGUGUACCACACUGGUGACAAGCCUGCGGAUGAUGUUCAAGUUGAGGUUUAUGCGCUUCCCCAAUAUGACCAGCUGACCAGUCUGUUUGACUCCUACGAUCUCAUGGCACAGGCCAAAGCGGCAAACAGUGUCAUGUACCUGACCUUGCCCCGCUCAUCGCGCUUGGUAGAACUGCGCAAAAGAAUUGCUAUAUGGAAGUCCGCGGGCUCUGAACCCAUUGAUCCCGAGCGGGUUCGCUUCUGGCAGAUUGGUAACUCCUUUGCUCAAUCCAGGUCAUCGUUGGCAUUUGAACGCACUACGGAUUUGAACGUUCCCCUGGACCCUUCAUUGAGCACCAUACGGUUCUGGAUGGAAACCAUCUCCGAGGAGGACGCUCAAUUCUUCGCCAUCCCAGACCCUCCUGCGGUCACCACUUCGGAGGAUAAGCCGGAUGACUCUGCCGUCGAGGACUCGAUACACGAAGCUUCUUCUGAAAAUGUGCCGUCCGUGGCCGAAGGAGAUGCUGUCGCUAGCUCCUCAGGGAAUGCUCCCCAUGAUGGUCCUGCUACUUUAGAUACCGUGAACUCUAUCAUCGAUGAUGGAUCACUGCCUCUCUUAGCCACAUUGUCUCUAGAAAAUGAUGCUUUUGGUACUGAAAGGGCAGAGCAUGAAGUGGCGCUUGCUACUGUCACUGCCCAUGAUCGACAGGCCACGACUGCUGUUACGGGAGCUCUAUCAACAGAAGCCACAGGCUUCUCUCCAGUAUUAUCUUCUGAGGUUCCGUCUUCUGCACCGGAAGUGGCACUUCAAGCACACACCCAAUCCGAGGUCAAGUUGCCUGUUGGCCAUACAUACUACUUUAUUCAAAUGUUCGAUGUGGAUAAUCAAAUGCUUCGUACUGUGGGAUCAUUCUUCUCCAAGCUUGAUGCCAAUGUCAAAGCGUCCAUCCGACGCCACUUGAAGCGGCCUCUUCGCCAAGACUUCCUCAUGUGGAAACGAGUUGAUGGUGCUGCCGUUACCACAGUGUCGCCUGCUGACAGCUUCGAUGAUGUGGUCGCUCCGCACGGAGCAUGUUUCAUCGUCGGAGAUAAGCUGACCAAGGACAAGCGAACUCAACUUGCUUCAUUGGGACUGUUCACCAGUCCUGACCGUCUGGUUCAGUACCUGUGGGCCGAUUCGCGCGGUCAUCCAAUUCAAGGUUUCACCGGCAUUAAAACCAUUGAAGCCACCUUCACAAACGACUACUACAGCGGUUAUUUCCUCAGGGGUUAUUACCAUGGUAAAGGCAAGCACAUUUCUAGCACGGGCAUGAUAUACGAAGGCGACUUCAUCUUCGGCCGACGCCACGGCCAAGGCAAGCUAGAUUACCCCACCGGUGACUCAUACGACGGUGAUUGGGUCGAAGAUGUAUGCCAUGGACAAGGUACUUAUAUUGAGAAGACGACAGGCAACAAGUAUGUCGGUGGCUUCAAGGAUGGUAAACGUCAUGGCAAGGGCAUCAGCUACUGGGAGGUGGCCGACGCAGAGUUGGAUCUGUGCCAAAUAUGCUACACCGAGGAAAUGGAUGCAGUCUUCGCCGAGUGUGGUCACCUUUGUUCCUGUGUGACUUGUGCGAAUCUCGUGGGCCUGUGUCCGAUGUGCCGCAAAGAAGUCAAGAAGGUGAUCAAGAUUUAUCGGGCAUAA